UUGCCCUUGUGUUACUUUGGACUUCUGUUUAUCUUCUGUUCUCAGUGUUAAGCAAGUAUUUGAGCUCAUGAUAAUUUAUAGUUAAACAUGAUACCAUAUCUAUCAUGUUGACCAUUAAAUACACAGCUCAAAAUACAUAAGCGUGCGGUUUUAUGAUAUUGUAAGUCACACGACACGGAAGCUAACGAAGAUAACAUUGAAAGACAUGGAGAAUAUUUCAUGUAUUUUUUAUGGUUUUUAUUGUAUUUGUACCUGCUCUCGUAAAUCCAGAAGUACCACAACGGACUCCGUCACGUCUACAGACACAGGAUUCCAGGAAUCGAAAAGUGCUCUCAGGGAUGAUUAUGAGUGGCAAAGAGAAAUCAUAUCUAGCAAAAUAUCUUCCAAUAUUCCAUAUUACAAUGUUGUUACCAUGACAACAGAAGUGUUGGCAGCAGACACUGGACCUGAUGGUGGAGUGCACUGCCUAGAUGUGGAGCAGAUACAAUAUUUUAAUAAGUUUCAUGAAUCUAAACAUUCAAGUACUGAACUUGUAGCUGGUAUUGCCAACUGGACACAGGAUCACAGAGCAUUUGGACUAUCACAAAGUUUAUAUGACAUAGACCCCAAAACACAACAACCCUUUGGUGAACCAAAUGCUGAUGCUUUUGCUGUUGUAGCGAGGAAGAAUAAUGCUUUUAUGGUUUUAGCAGAUGGUUGUGGAUGGGGAGUUGGUUCUUUUAUUGCAGCAAGAACAGCCGUGAAGGGUUGUAUUGAAUAUCUUACAAAUCACUUACACAAAUCAAAGACAACUGGAGAUAUCAUUGAAUCUAUGUUAAAUUCAUUUAAAUUUGCUCAUAAUUGUAUAUUAGAAUCAUCAGGUACUAUUACUACACUGUGUGCUGCUGUAGUAUUCAAGAUGAAAGGAGUGAAGUAUUCUGGACUUUGUGUUGUUAAUGUUGGUGACAGCUUGGCUUUCAUCUAUCGUAAACAAGAUGGAUGUGUUCAAGAAGUGUCCUGGGGAUCGCACAACCCUGAUGAGAGAGACAUGAGGCAAUCAGGGGGGUGCAUAGGACCAUUAAUUGGGGAUAGUCCAGAUUUGAGAAAUCUUGCUUUUUCAUUUGCUUAUGUAGAUGAAGGUGACAUUGUAUUUUUAGCAAGUGAUGGUAUUACUGAUAAUUUUGAUCCAAAUGUGUUGAAAGUGGAUUCAGUUGAAGACAUAGACAAUUUAGUGAAUGAAAUAACAUUUGAAAGGAAUUCUGUUCUUAACAAACCCACAGCAAAUGAUGAAUUCCCAAAGCAAAAGCUUCAUUCAACAACAGAUGAUCAAACAUCAAUGAAAUCCAGCGAUAUUUCACAUAUUAUCAUGAAAAAAGUUAUACAAACAGAUAGUCCUUGCCAGAAUGAAGAGAGCUCAGCAAAAGAACUUUGUGCGAAAUUAAUUAAUUUUGUUCUAAAACAAACAAGUGAGAAGCGAGAGUUUCUGGAAAAAAGUAAUUUAUGUAAAAAGGAUUUUGAGGAAAAGAAAAAGACAAUUCCAGGAAAGUUAGAUCAUGCGACUGUUGUUGCAUAUGAAGUUUGCAAUUUUCAACUUAAACCUUUAAGACAAACUACUUUGAAAGAUUUUGCGAAAUUAGGGGAAUCAUCUGUAAAAUGCAGUGGAAAUGUUACUGUGGAGAUGAACAAUGGAAAUGAAAGUUUGUCUUCAACAAAUAAACCUGAAGGAUAUACAUUGCUUGGGUUGUUGAAGUGAUUUUGGUUUUAAAUGAGAUUGGUACUUUCAUACAUAUUCUUUAUUUUAAUAUUAAAAUAUUCAUAGGAUUUGGUAGCCAUUGGGGCAUUAUAUUUUCAAAAACAGUUUUUAAAAAAAAGGGUCUCAACAAAAAAAUGACGAAAUCAAACUCAACAUUUGCGGAUUCUAAACUUUGUCUGCUGAAUGACAAACAACUUAAAAUAUUAUAACUUAAAGUAUAUUUAAAGAUUAUGCCAUAAAAUUCUUUAGUUUAAUAAAAUAUUAAAUAUUGAA